AUGGCCGCCGCCGCGAUCAGGUCCUCCACCGUCGCGUCGGUGGUGGCCGUGGGGCUGCUCCUCCUGCUGCCGCGUGGCGGGCAGGCGGCGGAGGGGUUGAUCGACUGCAGCACGGUGCUCACUCUCGUCUCCAGCUGCACCGGGUACAUCACCUACGGCGUCCCUUCGCCGGCCGCCGGCACCGCUUGCUGCAACGCCGUGGCGAGCCUCCACACCAUCGCCAACUCCGCCGACAACCGGCGGUCGGCGUGUAGCUGCCUGAUGGCCAUCAUUACGACGUACAACCCCAACGCCACCGCCGUCGGCCGCCUGCCGGGCCUCUGCGGCAUAUCCCUCGGCUUCAUCGUCGACCCCAACACCGACUGCGCCACGUCUGUAGACAUCGCAACCCGUCCCCUCUUUCUCUCUCUAUUUUUAAGGGCUCUGAAGUUCUCUGUUUUCGACAUGGGUGGCCGAGAAUUGCAGCAUUCCUUGACCUGGGAUCGGAGGAAGACGGAGGUGCAAAUAAGGAAGGCGAUUACCAGGGCCCUGUACAGAUCGGUGAAACCAAUAAACCUCCCUCCUUUUCUCCAGUUCUACGAGGCUUCGCGAUAUCACCGCCGGAGCUCUUCCGGGCCGUAG